ACUACAAUUCCCGGCUUGCUCAGGGGCUCGCCGGAUAUCUGGCAGGAAAGGAGAGUAAGGGGUGGGGAGCUGAGCCCGCUACCCCUUAGCUGUGUUUGGAAGGAGGAAUUCGGGGCAGCGACCACCAUGAAGUAGAAAGCACCCUUCUGAAUAUGCUGUGGGGCAAGGGGAAGGAUGUGCUGCCCUCCAGAUGCACACUCUUUAAUCUCUCACCAUUGGCCUCGGAGUUGCAGUCCAGCAAUGUCUGGGUGGCUGGGGCUGUUUGAAGAGCCCCCCCUCAAGCAGAGCUCCGGAUGUGACCUGUUUCAAAUCUAAAGGAAGCGAGGAUGAACCAAAGGAUGAACUUUGGAAACAGUCUCCUGGGAAGAGCAGGCAAGAUGCUCAGCCCCGGAGGCUUGGACUGCAGCCUUGAGAUCUUGGCCUGAAUCCCUGCUUGCAAUGAUCACCUGCUUCUCCAUGGCAUGCAGGUGUUUGUGAACUGGGCCAGGUUCCGAAUGUCAAGACACCUUCCGUGUUGGGAUAUUUAAAAAAGCGACUGCAGCUGGCAAGAGCCACCUUCUUCACCAAGUUUUGAGCUAAUAGGUGGCUCACCUACCUUGUAGGGCAGCUUUCCCCAACCUGGUGCCCUUCAGAUAUGCUGGUGAUGCUGGCUGGGAAUCAUGGGAGUUGUGGUCCAGUACAUCUGGAAGGCACUGGAUUGGAGGGAGGCUAUCGUAGGCCUUUGUCUCUGGGAGGCAAAGUUCUGAUUGCUGAACUGUUUGUACAGAGCAUGGGUGGCCGACUGGUGUUGAAAGGGGCUGCAGCAGGGAGAGGAGGGCUCUCUGAAGAGGCUGCCCGUGGUUUGUGCCUCUGUGUGGCAUCGGACUCACACUCCCUGCCCCUUCCAUGUUGCACUGUGGCUUGCUCAGGGCCCCAGUAGAUCAGACGUAAACGCACUCCAAGCCCCAUAUCAAGGCUGCGUGUCCGUGGUCAUGUGCGUUGGGGUGCCCUUUGCCUUGUACUUCACCUAGCUUUUUGGACAGCUGUCACUGUUUAGUUUCUGCAACAGGAAAAUUACAUGGACGUGUUUCCUGAUUAAUCCAAAAAGAAGUGCCUUAAGAUUAAGUUUGAUUACCAUUCACACUUGGAGGCAGGCAAGGAAGACUCAUCUUCAUGUAAUGUUGGAGUGGAUAGUAAGCCAUCUGCUGUUUGUCUCUGCUGAUUUUGCUGGGCUGGGUCACUCUCCUAUCUCAUGAACACACCAAGAAGGAAGAGGAGUUCAGCACGGAGGCUGACAAGAAAGGACAGCUCUGUUCUUCAGAUCCGCUUUAUUCUGAUCCAGAACCGGGCUGGCAAAACACGCCUGGCCAAGUGGUACAUGCAGUUUGAUGACGACGAGAAGCAAAAGCUCAUUGAGGAGGUCCAUGCAGUGGUCACUGUGAGGGAUGCAAAGCACACCAACUUUGUUGAGUUCCGAAACUUCAAGAUCAUCUACAGGCGCUACGCAGGGCUCUAUUUCUGUAUCUGCGUGGAUGUGAACGACAACAACCUGGCUUACCUAGAAGCCAUUCACAACUUUGUGGAGGUAUUGAAUGAGUAUUUCCACAACGUCUGUGAGCUUGACCUCGUGUUCAACUUCUACAAGGUUUACACUGUAGUGGAUGAGAUGUUCCUAGCCGGCGAGAUCCGUGAGACCAGCCAGACGAAGGUCUUGAAGCAGCUCCUCAUGUUGCAGUCCUUGGAAUGAGACACCGGGGAAGAGCUGGGAGGCUGUGUCAAAGCUCUCCUUGCGGGAUCCUGCCACUACUCUUCCGGGCUCAUCUCUCUUCAGCCAGUUCCCUGAAUCAAUGACUUGCUCAGAGCAAAUCUUGCCACUUAACCCUUAGUUGGAGGCUGGUGGGGAGGAAGACUCUUGAAUUCGGCAUCUGUUUUGGAUUUCUAGUCCUCCUUUUCCCUGCAUGGAAGAAAGAGGGGGAGGGCGGAGAACUCCCAGGUGGGGGCUGGGCUGCUUUUCUGAAAAGGGGUGGGGGGAAUAAAAGCGCAGAGAGCUCCCAUCAUCUCCCUUUUGCCACCCUCCAGUGCACCCUCCAUCCACACCUCCAGCCCCCGGUCUGCUGCCCCCACCCAUUCAUGUAAUUGUGUUGUGCCGCGUCUGCAGUAGAAAAGGGACCAUAACUGUGUAUGUGUGGCGAGUGAUGAGCGAUGGGUCGUACUGCCAGUAAAGUGAUGUGUGGAAAUAAAGCAUCCGUGAACUACUUAAAACAA